CUCCCGCUAUUGUCGACAUUCUCGAGAGUGUCCACAGGACAUCUCUGAUAUGGAUGAAAUCGUCAACCCCAAGGGGGGUCUUUCUGCAACGUCUAUCACCCCUGCUUCUGCCACCGCGACCGCGUUCAAUACACCUACGUCGCAUCUUAGGACAACAGUCGAGCUAGAGGCAAACAUUUUUGUUGCUUCUCAGCGGGGGGAUAUUGCGCUCAUUCGCGAGCUCAUCGAGUCUGGCAAGGCCAGAGCGACAGAUCGGGAUGAGCAGAAUAUCACACCUUUGCAUUGGGCUGCGAUCAAUGCCCAUGUCCCAGCGUGUCGCUUCCUGCUCGAACAGGGCGCAGAAGUUGAUGCUCUAGGAGGCGACCUCAUGGCUACCCCCAUGCAAUGGGCUGCGCGCGGAGGAUAUCUCUAUGUCAUCCAGCUUCUCGUCGCUCACAACGCCGAUCCCAACAUCAAAGACUCUCAAGGAUACAAUACCCUACACCUCGUCACCCAUUCCUCAUCAAUAAUGCCUCUCCUUUACCUUCUCCAUCAACCCAUCAGCGUUGACGAGCGUGAUACUAACGGCCACACGGCGCUAAUGUGGGCGGCAUACCAAGGCGAUGCACUCUCAGUCGACCUCUUACUCAAGCAUGGUGCCAGUACCACUGUCAAAGAUGACUCAGGCCUCACACCGCUGCAUUGGGCUGUUGUCCGAGGAAACAGGAUGUGCAUUCGGAGGCUGAUCGAGAAAGGCGCCGAGAUCGGUGCAAAGGACAAUGAGGGCAGGACUGCGCGAGAUAUGGCCGUAGAGCUGAAAAGCCUUGGCGCGUGGAAGAGAGCGCUAGAAGAAGGAGGAUUCAUGGAGGACGGCUCUAAGAAAAGAAAACCCAUGAGCGAGCGGAACACGAAAAUUGCAAUUUUUGUCAUGCCCACAAUUUUCUUGUAUCUUAUUUUUAUGACUCUCACGAUCCUUCCAUGGUAUACUGGUAUUAUAUUGGCGAUGGCCGAAUUCUUUGGAAUGCAUCACAUCGUUACCCGUGUUCUACUUAAUAGACCAACAUAUACCGAUAGCGUUACAGCGAGCCCUUACUUUGCAGGCAUUAUAUUCGCAUCCAUGGUAUGGGUUGCAUACGCAUGGGUCACACGUCUGCUGCAACAGACCGAGUCGCACGCGUUCACCCAUCUUAGUUUCGCAUUGAGCUUCGGACUCUGCGUCUACAACUUCUUCCGCUCGAUGACACUAGACCCGGGAACCUGUCCAGCACCCACCAGCGACGCCGAGCUGAAGUCGAUCAUCGAAGACCUCGCUUCGGAGGGUCGCUUAAAUGGCCAGACUUUCUGUAUUCAGUGCAUGGCGAGAAAACCGUUGCGAUCGAAACACUGUCGCGUCUGUGACAAGUGUAUUGCUCGUUCAGACCACCAUUGUCCAUGGGUCUGGAACUGUGUUGGCGUCCAUAAUCAUCGACAGUUCAUUCUUUUCGUAACAACACUUGUUCUCGGGAUUAUCCUUUUCGACUAUCUCACCUUCGCCUAUUUCUCUGCACCCGACCUUCAACCCUCCCUCUCCCCGUCUUGCCUCUUCCCUGCAGCGAUCUGCACCCUCACGGCGACCGACACUUUCCUCUUCUCCGUCGCGAUGUGGUCGACGGUGCAGCUCCUUUGGACGAUCGUUCUCCUCGCGAGCCAAUUCUGGCAGGUCGCGCGGCAGAUGACCACGCUCGAGGUGUCUAAUCUUGGGCGGUAUGGAUUUAUGGGCGGGCGCGGGGGCGCGAGCCUCGCGUCGCAGAUGGGACAUCGGCACCAGCAUGGAAACGGGCAGAAUCCGAGCUCUGACGAGGUCACGCCGACGUUGGACCACGGGCACGGGCACGGGCACAAGCACGGCGUGUGCGCGGGGUGCGGGAGCGGAUUUCUCAUGCACCUCCUUGGUCUGGACCGCUUCACGUCCGGCGGCGCGGCCAACGGGCUCGCGCGCGCAUCCAAGGCCGCGAACCCAUUCGACAUGGGUGUCGUUGCCAACUGCAAGGACUUCUGGACCGUCGGGCGGGAGCUUGGGGUCGAGUAUGAGCGGUUAUAUGAGGUGCCCGCGGAGGGCUUCCGCGAAGCGAGGCGCAGGAGAGAGGAAGACGGCGAGGAACUCGGUGCAAGCGUGGGCGGGAGGAAGGGCCUGCGGCAGACGCUCAUGAUGGGAUUGGGCUUAGGCGCGAACAGGAGUGGGCGAGGCGGGUACGAGCCUGUUGGCCAGGUGUAGCCAAAGUGUUCGGUAGGCUUCUUGUGUUUCAAUUGUCUGUGUAAUUCUACUUUAUAUCCGUUGACACUGUUGUUAGCGUGGACUUUUCAUGAUACAUGGUCAGGCCCUCCUGUCUACCUCACGCCUCAGCAUUCCAUACAGUCAUGACUUACGAGCAUUGAAUGGAUCGCUGAUUUUCCUACGCACCUGGAGGAAAGCUAAUAGAUAUUCAUUCCCCACUAGAAAAAAUAAAGCGAUACAAUUUCUCAACUUC